AUGGAAUCAUCAUCAUCGUCCUUACAAGCAUCAAUAGAAAACACAUCACAAGAUUUUCCUUCUCUAUCAGAUGCUCAAGAUUAUGUGCUUUCUCUACUGCCAAUACCGGCCUCGCUUUUAAGCAUCUUUGGAAGCGUUUGCAUCAUCCGGAUGAACUUUCAAACGCAAAAUAACAAGUCCAAGAAGCGAACGCCUUACAAUCGACUCUUGAUUGCCAUGAGCGUAUGCGAUAUCAUCUAUUCUAUAACGCUUGCCGGCAGCAUCUUUCUAAUGCCCCAGGACACUUCCCAUCGAAUAUUAGCGUCUGGAAACGAUGAAACCUGCACUCUCGCUGGUUUCCUCAUGCAGUUCUCGAAUGCUACCAUCAUCUACAACACGAUGCUCAGUUUUUACUUUUUGUGUAUUGCCAGGUUUGGAAUUAGCAACGAAAAGAUUUCCAAAUGCAUCGAACCGUUUAUGCAUAUACUCAGUAUUGGGUAUCCUUUGAUCACGGGAUUGUUUGGAGCCUUUAUGGGAGUUUAUUCGGAACCAGAACUAUCCAAUGCUUGUUGGGUGAACAAUUACCCAGAAAAGUGUGGGACAGUCCUCUUGGAUGGGCCUGGUGCAUCGGGAGAAGCCUGUAUAUCACCCAAAAUAGCGUGGGCCUUUGCGGGAAUGUGGUAUAUUGUUGCCCUAUUUUCCUUGGCUGGCAACAAUGUGGUAAUUUGCAUUCAUGUUUGGCGCCAGACAAGGUCCAGGCCUGCAAGGAAAAGCCCAACGGAACUCAAAGCAGCCGCUGAAGCCGAACUUGGUGUUGUAAAUGAUGACGACGACGAAAGCUACAGUUUGGAGUCUUCCUCCCUGCAUCUGGAUAAUCACGAAAAGCCCAAUACAGGAGGAGGGUCUGGAGCAAGUGUCGCACCACUAGAGAUGGAUCGAGUCCCACAAGAAGGUGAUACCCAAUUGGCUCGAUUGAAAUUGGUUCGAUCGCAAGCAUUGCUAUUCGUGGGAAGCUACCUGCUGUGUAUGCUUUGGACCGUGACCUUGCGGUUGGUGGAAGCCUAUGCGGGUUCGUACGAAGACAAACUGGCCGCCAACAAUUACGUUUUGCUGGUCUUGCAGGCUUGGUUCUUGCCACUUCAAGGACUCUUGAACAUGUUUGUCUAUAUAAGGCCCAAAUUCUUGAAACGAAGACAGCUUAAUCCGAACGAACGAAUGUUUGAAUCCAUGAUGAUUUCGGUGUUGGGAGAGACAAAACCAAUGGUCGCGGAGGGAGCUAUCGAUACAGGUGCUCGUGUUGCAUCAAAGCGACCAACCGCCAACACUCCAAGGACCAAAACUUCGGAACAGAAUAAGGACCCACUCUUUGCACGCUUGAAACGAAGCUUCAUGUCUUCCAUUACAGCCAGUCAGGGCGAUUUUGUGGAGAAUGUCGAUGACAAAGAACGAUGGGGCGCUCCAGAAGUCUUACAAGAGGCCAUGGGUGCGCCACAACGAUAUUCGUCCAACAAGGGAACUGGAAGCUCUUCUUGUCUGGAUAUCCAAGACAGUUCUGGCGAUUUGACCUCCAAGAAUCGACGAUCUUCCUCCAACUCCUUUUCCGCAACUCAGACCUCCCUCGCCUCCUUUUCGAAAAGUCCAUUGCCGGUAGACCGAAUGAAAUCAGUGGCCCAACGUUGUCGUAGUGGUGGUCAUGAUUCGCCCAUCAAGUUUCCGCACCGACAGGAAUCGAAGCAUCAGCGAGAUGGAGUAGUAAUGGAAGAGGAUCUAUCUGCCGGAGACAAUGACGCUAAUCGAUGGGGCCCAAUAAACAGGAUUAGUGAUGACGAAGGUCUGCCAAGUUCACCUAGGCGGUGCUCAUCCGACAUGGCAUUCAACAUGGAAGACCUUCCAGCGAUCGACGAGGUGGGCGAGAAUCGGAAAUCCUCUGGGUCUCGUAGUACUUCAGACAAUAACGACUCAUUCGAAAUCCGCCAUGACUCCUCGGCCAAACCAUCCAUCAAAAAGCUGAAUGCCAACAUGGACCGAUGGCAGCUCCUCGAGCCUCCAUUGGAAAUCACUGCUGGUUUGGAUAAACCAACUCGUCUCAUUUCUGACGAUGAGCUUGUGCUAGUGGAAGAAUCCGAGGAAAUUGUUGACGAGUCUACCGAGAUGAUUGAUCAAUCUGAAGAAAUGGCCAGCUCACAAGAAGCUGAUCCACGGAGAAGCAAGCACAAUUCCAUUAGCAUGACAGGUAGUCUUUCCGUUGCCAAAGACCCAGAGGUAUCGGAAUCGUCAGACAUGUGGUCCUCUGAACUCAAGCCCCCCUUUGUCAAUAGGCGACCCCUUGACAAUAUGCGACCGCCACUAGUUGAUCGAUUGGCGGUAUCCGAGCAAAGUAUAUCUGCGCAAUCCUAUUGCUCCAAUCGGACCUCCGCGUCGCUGGACGUGGCACUGAAAUUACCCAUGCGCGUGGCGAGUGAAGCCGACGAAAUGGACUCGGUUUCAUGA